AUGGCCAAGAAGAAAAAAGAUAAUCAAGAAAAUAAUGAUACACUGUCGGAAGAGGCCGGUCGAGAAUUUGGCAUUAAACUGAAACAAUUAGAAACAUUAAUGCAAACACGAGGUCAUGAUGGCAUUAAGGAACUUAAUGAAGCCUAUGGUGGGCUCAGUGGUUUGGGACAACGAUUGAAGAGUAAUUUAAUCACAGGUUUAUCGGAAGAUGAAAGUGAUCUGUCAUUGCGUGUUGCGGCAUUUGGUCGCAAUGAAAUCCCACCCAAGCCACCAAAAACAUUUUUUCGUUUAAUGUUUGAAGCUCUUCAAGAUACGACACUUGUUAUACUUAUUAUUUGUGCUAUUAUUUCAUUUUGUCUAUCAUUCUAUCAUCCAGGCGGAGAAACAUUCGAAGCGGAAGUUAGGCCAAAGGAAGCCAAUGUUGAAUGGAUCGAAGGUGCAGCAAUUAUCGUUGCUGUCAUUGUUGUUGUUCUUGUAACAGCAUUUAAUGAUUGGACAAAAGAACGACAAUUUCGUGGUCUUCAAUCGAAAAUUGAACUUGAUCAAAAAUUCAAUGUUGUUAGAAAUAGUGUAGUCAAACAAAUUCCAAUAAAAGAAAUCGUCGUGGGAGAUAUUUGUCAAGUGAAGUAUGGCGAUCUAUUGCCAGCUGAUGGUGUUGUCGUACAAUCAAAUGAUCUUAAAGUUGAUGAAUCGUCAUUAACCGGAGAAUCCGAUUUAAUCAAAAAACAUGAAUCAAAAGAUCCUUUUCUUCUUUCGGGUACACAUAUUAUGGAAGGCAGUGGCAAGAUGUUAGUAUUAGCUGUCGGUGAACAUAGUCAAACAGGAAUGAUAUUUAAAUUAUUGGGUGCAACCAAAGACAAAGACGAUGAAGAGAAGAAACCACGAGCUAAUACAAAAGAAGAUGCAACUGGUCGUGAUGAUGUUGCUGUGAAAGAUCGUCUAGUAAACCCGGGAUCAGCUGCAGAUCCAACGGGAAAUAAUCAUGACGAAACCGAAUUGCGUGAAGUUGCAGUUGAUCCCGACAAGGAUACAGCUGGCGAAGAAGAAUCAGGAGGACUUAAAGUUAAAGAACGAUCCAUUCUACAAGCAAAACUUACAAAAUUGGCGAUCCAAAUCGGAUAUGCAGGCAUGACUAUCGCCAUUUUGACCGUCCUCGUUUUACUUCUACGAUUCGCAAUCGAAGAAUUCGCGCAAAAACAUGAACGAUGGAGUAGCAAAUAUUGGGGUCGAAUAGUUCGAUAUUUAAUUACCGGCAUUACGGUCUUAGUCGUAGCUGUGCCGGAAGGUUUACCAUUGGCAGUAACAAUUUCAUUAGCCUACGCUGUUAAAAAAAUGAUGUUAGAUAACAAUUUAGUACGACAUUUGGAUGCCUGUGAAACCAUGGGCAAUGCUACUGCAAUUUGUUCAGAUAAAACCGGAACAUUAACUACCAAUCGUAUGACUGUCGUUCAAGUAUACGUUGGAGAUAAACAUUGGAAAAACGUGGAAAAUCCCACAAAAGCAAAGGAAAUAUCCAUACCCGACAAAACCAAAGAAGUCAUCAUGGAAGGAAUUUCUGUCAAUAGUAGUUACGCUUCGAAAUUACUUCCACCACCUGAACGAGAAACGUUACCAAAACAAGUUGGUAACAAAACCGAAUGUGGUCUGCUAGGUUUUGUCGUCGGACUUGGCGGUAAUUAUGGUGAAAUACGUCAGCAAUAUCCCGAAGAAAAAUUUGUUCAUGUUUACACUUUCAAUUCUGUUCGAAAGAAUAUGUCGACUGUUAUCCAACGGCCUGAUUCGACGAUACGGAUGUACACGAAAGGUGCGUCCGAAAUCGUUCUAAAAAAAUGCAAAACAAUUCUCAAUCGAAAUGGAGAAAUAAUGCCAUUUGCAACUGUCGAUUACGAUCGAUUAGUACAAACUGUUAUCGAACCGAUGGCCUGCGAUGGUUUACGUACGAUCUGUAUCGCAUAUCGAGAUUUUCCAGCUAAUAAACUACCCGACUGGGAUGAUGAAGCUAGUGUUGUCGAUCAAUUAACAUGUAUCUGCAUUUGCGGCAUUGAAGAUCCUGUUCGACCGGAAGUACCCGAUGCUAUAGCCAAAUGUCGCAGUGCUGGUAUAACUGUAAGAAUGGUUACAGGUGAUAAUGUAAAUACUGCGCGAUCGAUUGCACUAAAAUGCGGUAUCAUUUCACCUAAUGAUAGUUUCCUUGUACUCGAAGGAAAAGAAUUUAAUCGUCGCAUACGAGAAAAAGGCGAUGGAGAAGUACAACAAAAUCUAUUUGAUAAAGUCUGGCCACAAUUGCGUGUCUUGGCCCGUUCAUCGCCUCAGGAUAAAUAUGUAUUAGUGGAAGGUAUUAUUGCCUCGAAGAAUAAUCCAACACGCGAAGUUGUCGCUGUUACCGGUGAUGGAACAAAUGAUGGACCGGCUUUGAAAAAGGCCGAUGUCGGCUUUGCAAUGGGCAUUCAAGGUACCGAUGUCGCUAAAGAGGCGUCGGAUAUUAUUCUUGUUGACGAUAAUUUCAAUUCGAUUGUAAAAGCCGUCAUGUGGGGACGUAAUGUUUACGAUUCAAUAGCAAAAUUUCUUCAAUUUCAAUUAACUGUUAAUGUUGUUGCUGUAUUCUGUGCUUUUAUUGGCGCUUGUAUUGUCAAAGAGUCUCCGCUACGUGCUGUACAAAUGUUGUGGGUCAAUUUAAUCAUGGACACUUUGGCAUCGUUGGCACUGGCCACAGAAGUUCCCACAGAGGAACUAUUAACUCGUAAGCCGUAUGGUCGAACACGGGCGUUAAUCUCUCGAACAAUGAUGAAAAAUAUUCUUGGUCAUGCGAUUUUUCAAUUAGUGAUCAUGUUAUUCAUUUUAUUUUUUGGUCCUCAGUUCUUCAACAUUGAUGAUGGUCGUCCAAAAGACAACGUUUUUAAGCCAUCGGAACAUUUUACUAUGAUUUUUAAUAGUUUUGUCUUAAUGACAUUGUUUAAUGAAAUCAAUUGCCGAAAAAUUCAUGGAGAGAAAAAUGUCUUUCGCGGAAUAUUUACUAAUCCAAUAUUUUGUGGAAUAUGGAUUAUAACAUUUACUUUACAAAUUGUCCUUGUUCAGUAUGGUUCAGUCGCAUUUUCAUGUGUACCAUUGACACUGGAACAAUGGAUGUGGUGUUUUUUCUUUGGUGUGACUGUUCUUCUGUGGAAUCAAUUGGUUAAUUUGAUCCCGGUGACACGUCAUAUGCCAAAAUGGGGCGCAGGUGAAGUUUAUGAUCAAGCAUUAUCCGUUGAUUUGGGUCCAGAAGGACCAGCACGACAAGGAACAAGUUUAACGAAAGGCCAAAUACUUUGGUUACGAGGCAUCACACGUCUUCAAACACAGAUCGCCGUAGUCGACGCUUUCUAUCAACCAAUAGCAUCUAAACAACCAUUGUUGACUAUCGUGCCAAAAGGUGCAACAUGA